UAAUAAUAUAUUUAGGUAUUUGGGCCGACGGCAAUUUGCAGGACCUAUACAACCGCCGCUUACCUCCCCGCCGGUGGUUAUUUUCCGGCGAAGCACCCAGCAACUCGAUCAGCAAGGUCCUAAAUUUGUUUCUGAAAAAAAUAGUGUAAGGUACGCUUAUGUAGCUGUUUUUGGUGUUUCAUCUUGCAUCUAUUGUGAUUCAUUCACUAUUAAUGGCCUUAAAGCUUACUGAAAGAGGAAUCCAUGAAGCUGAAAAUCCAAUUGAAGUGUCUUUUAGAGAAGCUUUUGAACUUCUUAAACCCCAACUAAACCCACCUUUUACCUUAAAAGUGCUAACACAAGAGGAAUACUCAAACCUGAAUAAAGCUAUAAUUUUUGGCAUUUUAUCCCAACCCAAUUUGGCUGAAGUUCAUAUUAAGCACCUACAUGCAAUUAUUAUUGAUGGGUAUGAUUUCUUUACUUGUAUGCUUGUCAAGAUUGUUGAUGAAUUGUAUGCAAAAUUGCUCGACUCGGUGAAAAUUCAGCUUAUAUGGGUUACUAAAGAGAUGUUGAAUGUAUUGGCUAUAGGAUUUGAUAAAUUGUUGGUGGCUCUUUUAAGGCAAAUUGUAGGUGGGGAUUUUAGUGAGGGAAAUUUGUGGUUGUGUUUGGAGAUGGUUGCACUGUUUUUAGCCAAUUGGGAUUGUUUAUUAGAGGAAGAACCAUUGAUUUUGAACAAGGGGUUGUAUGUGUUCCUUCGAUUAUUGGCGGAUCAUUAUAGAGUACCAAGUAAUCCAAUGGUUGAUGGAUUGAAGAGAAUGGAGGUUGUAUACUGUGUUCGACUUUUGAGGGAACAAUUUCUUUUGUGUUUGAAGAUAGGGAGGGACUUAAUUAGGCUUUUGCAAGACUUGGUUCAUAUACCUGAGUUUAAAGCCAUAUGGAAAGACUUGUUAUUGAAUCCUAGACAGUUUGGGGUGGAUGGAUUUAGAGAUAUUUCACAAAUUUACCACACAAAAACUCCAAGUUCGUACUUUUUGCUUCGAGUAACUCCUGAAAUGGAAACAAAAUUGAGGUUUUUGCUUACAAAUGUCAAGUUGGGUAGUCAAAAGAGGUACCAGGUUUGGUUCGCUAAGAAGUUCCUCGGAGUACCUGGGAGUGAAGUCAUUUUAAUCGACAUUGUUAGGUUUAUAUGCUGUUCAGUUCAUCCAUCCAGUGAAAUAAUGCAACCAGAUAUCUUACCCAGAUGGGCUGUGGUUGGUUGGUUAUUGACGUCAUGCAGGAAGAGUUAUGUCGAAGCAAACUUGAAGCUUGCAUUGUUUUAUGAUUGGCUUUUCUAUGAUGAAAUCACUGAUAAUGUAAUGAACAUUGAGCCUGCAAUUCUUUUGAUGUUGAACUCUAUACCCAAUUAUAUUGAAGUUACCCGUACUCUUCUUGAGUUCCUACUAAUUGUGGUUGACAACUAUGAUAUUGAGAGGAAGGAGGUAGUCUCCAAAGGGGUGUCAACAGCUCUUUCUACACUAGUUAAAAGAGGAAUUGUCAGUUCACUUGAUGUUUUGACUCAUUGUGACAUGAUAUCACCAGUCCAUAGGGAAAUGUUUGGAAAGUUGGUAUUGGUCAUGCAAGGUAUCCAUUCCAAAAAAUUAGGAUCAGCCAGUAUCAUCCAUGAUAUGUCACCACCACCUAGCCAUUUGCUCCCAUCAAGCUUGGGAUCCCAACAUCCUAACAGGGUGAACUGUAAUUAAUUGUGUCAUCACAGGCAUAUCCAAGGAAGAUCUGUUGAUGCAUCACUUUCGCUUCCCAAAGAAUUAUUUGUGAUCUUUUUCUCCAACUGGCAGUUAAAUUCCACUCAACUGGAAGCAAAUUUCAAGAAGUUUGAAAUCUAGGUGAUAGGAGAAACAUCUCUUUCACCUCCUGAAGAAAUGCGUGUGAGUUUUUGCCCCAAUAGCUAAAGUUGGACUCAAGUGAUGAAAGUUUCUAGGAGAAGUUCAAAAUCAAGGUGAUAGGAAGUUUCUCUGGUAACAUGCCAUGAAGGGCCAGGUAUAGAGUAGGAGAUCCAUUUUGGGCUGGAAGCAUUGUUGCAUACUAGCUUCCUCCUCUCAACCUUUUGGCAAUCACCUCUAAUCCUCAGGUCCAAUGGAUUCAUAGCCUCGACCACAACCCAUAUUCAUGCAAGGACUGGUGAAAUACCCAUGGCGUAUUAAGGAUUUUAUGUACCAUCCAUGAGGCUUGAGCAACUUUAGUGCCCCAAAUAGUUCCUUGCUUCCCAUAGCAUAGGCUUGUAUGCCCGAUAUGUUGAGUCCUGCAGAUUUUCCCAUGAAAUCAAGGUCUUCUUUGAAGUGUACAUCUUCUGUCCAUAGAAAUCUCCUACAUAGGCUCUCAAUGCAAGCUUUCUUUGGCAGCACAAAAAUGGGAGACCAAAAGACUUGGACAGAAAAUUACUUAUUGCAUUUUCAGGUUCUGAAAUUUACUGAGGAGUCUCUAGUGUUGAAAUUUUCAUUGUUUUGACAAAUAUAAUGUUAUACAAAAUGAUACUUAUAACCAUAACUUUUAAAUUAUUUCUCAAACAAAGUUCAGUCUCAAAUGAUUUUGUGAAGCACAACUUGGGCGAUCCAUAAUAUAGUCAUUUUU